GACCAAUAACAUACAUACUUCAGUUAAUUUAGCAUAUUUUGUAAACCCCAAUUAAAUUAAAAAGAAAAAACCAAGGUAUCAUACGACGUCUCCAUGCGAGGCCAAACCUAAACCAAUUUUCUUACGCCAAAUUUCUCCUCUUUCCCUUCCAUCGUAAUCCUCCCCUUCCGCCGUUUUUCGUUUUUCCGAUUCGCCGUCGGACCACCACAGGGAAAAACCUUUCCAAAUAUGUCCGAGGACGACAAGCCGGUCGGAAAGACCGCGCCCAACGCCAUCUUUGACGAUCCCCAGGGGGUUCCUAUCCAGCAAACCAUGUUCCGCGACACUCCUGCUCCUUUCUACUGUGUUUAUUGUGGAAUUUCCGGUCUCACCACCGUCAGAUCAAAGGUAAGUUCAGCUGCUGUGGUUGGUUGUAUGAUUCCACUUAUGUUGGGAGUAUGCUUUCUUUGUCCUUCAAUGGACUGCCUUUGGCACAAGUAUCACUAUUGCCCCAGCUGCAAGGAAAAGGUGGGUGAUUUUGAGAAAUUGGAUAAGUGUGCUGUGAUGGAUCCUUCAAACUGGACACAGCAAAGCUUUGCGUUGCCUGCUUGAUUUUCACGAGCUGCUACUUUUCCACGCGGUUAUUUUGCGUUGUGUGCAGUCAGUUUUUGCUCUACUCUUGUGCUCUUGUUGAGAUAUUCUUGUUACACUUAGGAGGGAUAGGCAAAGAUUGGAGAUGUGUGCAUAUGUACACUCGUGAUAGAACCAAGUACAUAUUUUUAUCCAUUCACCUUACAAGUCAUUUCAUACACCUUUUGUUCCUUCACCUUACAAUUCCAGAUUGCAUACGUUUGUCCAAUUAAUUUCCCUUGGCUGUUCACUAUCUGCAUCCCCCUAGCGUCAUUUGUUUUUAACUUCUCAAAUUACAUUUUGACCAUGCAUCUCCCCCUUCGGACGAAUCGUUCAUAGGGGCUUCUUUUCCUUCUUAAUUUGGUUUUCCUGCUUGGUUUUGAGGGGACUUGAACUCUGAUCCUUGAUGGUACUGUCUGGUAUCACACAAGUAAGCCGUGAAGAACAUCUUGGAGAAGAUGAUAUACCUGAGUUCAUUGGGGUGUUGCCCAGAUGCAGAUGAAUCUAAUUGGAAUGCCGCGGUUUUGAAUCUGGAAGCGAAGGUCCGGCAUGAGAAAUAAGAGCCGGUCUCGAUAGCCAAAGAGACUGCCUGCAGGGGGUAUGCCAUGGCAGGAUGUUCACUUCAAGACGAUGGCAGCUUUACAGAUCCCUUUCAUGGAGUUGCAGGCUGCAGGCAAGUCAUCCUUGGCUACAAUACAUGACACUCUCCAUUCCCAUGUUGAACAUUACUUCCUUUCUUCCCGAGUAGAAAAAGAAUUAAAGCCCCCUUGUGUGCAUUCCUUUUGAACCAAAAGGAGAAUUUAUGUAUGUAUGUGUGCUUGUGUGUGUGGAUUGAAGUUUGGUUUUAUAUGUUAAAAUUAGCGGCAGCUCCACAACAA